CACGCGCACGCGGCCCCGCGCCCCCCGCCGCCCCCGCCGCCCGACCGCCCCGCACCAUGCUGGUUCGCGCUCCGCACCCACACUCCUGAUACAGUGACGAUAGACGUGGACUAAACCUUCAGUUUUAUAUUUAGUUGUAGUUUCAAAAACACAUUCAAAAUGGUGAGUGGUAAUAAGGACCCGUGCGACCCCGUGAAAGUGCCGCCGCGCCACCGGGACAAGAAGACCAACAACUACGAGAGGGCCAACUUCCUGACGCGGACCUGGUUCGUGUGGAUGAUGCCCACCUUCUGGCGAGGGUACAAGCGGGACCUGUACGACGCCGACCUCACCAAGCCCAAGGAGAGCCACCUGUCCGACAAACUGGGAGAUCGACUUGAAAAAAAAUGGUUGGAAGAAAUAGCUUUAGCGAGUCGGCAGGGCAGGAAGCCGUCCCUGCUGCGGGCCAUGACCAAGGCCUUCUGGAUGAGCUACGCGCCUUCCGGGUUCAUGUUCCUCAUACAGGCGCUCCUCCUCAAGCCCUUCCAGCCGGUGGCGCUGAGCAUGCUGCUGAGCUACUGGGAGCCGGGCUCCGACAUGACGUACGAGCAGGCCGUGUACUGCGCCAGCGCCGUCAUCUUCAUGUCACUGUUCAUCGCCUUCCUCAACCACCACGGCACCUACUCAACGCAGAAGUUCGGCAUGAAAGUGCGCAUCGCUGCGUGCUCGCUCAUCUACAGAAAGGUGAUGCGCAUGAGUUCAGGCGCGCUGGCGCAGACCACGGCGGGGCAGGUGGUGAACCUGCUGUCUAACGACGUGAACCGGUUCGACUACGCCUUCAUCUACACGCACUUCAUCUGGCUGCUGCCGCUGCAGGUGGUGCUCAUCUGCUACCUCAUCUACAUCCGCAUCGGCUACGCGGCCAUCGUCGGCGUCAUCGGCAUCGUGCUGCAGACCAUCCCAGUCCAGUCAUACAUGAGCAAACUCGCCGCCAUACUCCGAAUGAAGACUGCAUACAAAACCGAUGAGCGUGUCAGGAUCAUGGACGAAAUCAUUUGCGGCAUGCAGGUGAUAAAAAUGUACGCCUGGGAGAAGCCCUUCGAGCAGGUGGUGGCGCUGGCCCGUCGCAACGAGAUCAAGUGCAUCACGUCGGCUUCCUACCUGCGAGGAGUCUACCUCAGCUUCAUGGUGUUCACGGAGCGCCUCACGCUCUACAUCACGCUGCUCUCCUACUCGCUGCUCGGCUUCCAGGUCACCGCUGACAUCGCGUUCCCGCUGGCAUCCAUGUUCAACACCCUUCAGGCGACGUGCGCUAUCCUAAUACCUCAAAGUCUCAAUAAUUGUUCUGAAGCGUAUAUUUCAGUAAAGAGAAUUGAAUCUCUUCUACUUCUUGAUGAGAGGGAGGACCUGCGCAGCGUGGCUGGAGUGGAUAUUGCCAAGCUGGUGCUGAGCGUGGAGCGCGCGCGGACCAAGACCCUGGACCUGGACCUGCGCCCCAACACCUUCAAGACCAUCGACGCUGAGGGCAUCUUCAACCCUGGUUUCGAUAGCCACGAGAAGACUCUGAUGAGCCAGGCGCCCAACCUGCCCCCGAUGAGCCCUGACGUGGGCGUGCUCAUCCAGAACAUCUCCGCCAAGUGGACCGACGACGGGCCCAUCACCCUCAACAACAUCAACAUCGCCGUGCCCAAGGGCAAGCUCUGCGCCAUCAUCGGCUCAGUCGGCUCCGGCAAGAGCUCCGUGCUGCAAUUGUUGUUAAACGAGUUACGAGCAACGAGCGGACGCAUCAACUUGUGCGGGCCGCUGUCCUACGCCAGCCAGGAACCGUGGCUGUUCGUCGCCACUGUACGACAAAACAUACUGUUUGGACUACCGUACAAUUCUAAGAAGUACAAGGAGGUGGUCCGAGUGUGCGCACUGCAGAAGGACUUCCAGCAGUUCCCCCACGGAGACCAGACGCUGGUGGGCGAGCGCGGCGCCUCCCUCUCGGGGGGGCAGCGCGCGCGCAUCAACCUCGCCCGCGCCGUCUACAGACAGGCGGACAUCUACCUUCUGGACGACCCGCUGUCGGCGGUGGACGCGCACGUGGGCCGGCAGCUGUUCGACGAGUGCCUCAGCGGCUACCUGCGCCACACCACGCGCAUCCUCGUCACGCACCAGCUGCACUACCUCAAGGCCGCCGACUUCAUCGUCGUCAUGAACAAUGGCGCCGUUGACGUCAAAGGGACGUACGACGAACUUUUAUUAUCAGGAAAAGAUUUCGCAAAGCUGCUGACCUCGUCGCAGGAUGAUAAAGAUGUCGUCGACGAGAAACCGCUUCCGAUGUCCCGAAGAACUUCUGCUAGGCUAUCGACAACCCGUCGUCCUUCGCUCACGGAGUCAGCGGGCGGCGAGGUGGCCCAGGAGAUGGAGGAAGAGGAGCGGGAGUCGGGGUCCAUGGGCUGGCGGGUCUACGGCGCCUACCUCCGCGCCGGCGGCCGCACGCUCAGCCUCACCUUCAUGGUGGUCUUGCUCGUGAUUGGUCAGCUGUCGGCCACGCUGUGCGACUAUUGGGUCACGUUCUGGACAAACGAAGUGACUCGCCUGAAGGAGGCGUCCGGGAACGGCACCACCAAGGAGCUGGACCGGCUGCUCACCCCGAGCAACUCCACCUUCUCGCUCACCAGCUACUUCUCCGGCAUCGAGAUAGAAGCCGACCUGAACAUCCACGCGUACAUCGGUCCGCUGGACACGGCGCAGUACCUCUACGUGUAUUCAGCCCUCAUCGUGUGCUGCAUCUUCUUCAUCACGGCUCGAGCCUUCAUGUUCUUCAAGGUGUGCAUGAAGGCGUCCAGGAACCUGCACAACGACAUGUUCGCGUCCAUGCUGCGCGGCGUCAUGAGGUUCUUUGACACCAACUCUUCGGGUCGUAUCCUGAACCGCUUUUCCAAGGACAUGGGUGCUCUGGAUGAGCUGCUGCCUCGCUUCCUGCUGGAGUGCAUCCAGAUCUACCUGGUGAUGUUCAGCAUCCUGGCGCUGAACGCCGCCGCGCUCGUGUGGACUCUGCUGCCCACUACUAUCAUCUUGCUGCUCUUCUACACCAUCCUGCAAAUCUACCUCAAGUCUGCGCAGUCGAUCAAGCGGCUAGAGGGGACCACUCGCAGUCCCGUGUUCUCCCACAUGUCGGCCACGCUGAACGGCAUCAGCACCAUCCGCUCCGCCGGCGCCCAGCAGAGGCUCGUCAAGGAGUUCGAUCGAUUCCAGGACAUCCACACGUCGACGUGGAGCAGCUACCUGGCGAGCGGGGUCACGCUCGGCUUCUGGCUCGACUUCAUCUGCGUGCUGUACCUGGCCAUCGUCAUCGUAGCCUUCCUCGUCAUUGACAGCAAGACGAUAUUCUCCGGCAACGUGGGGCUGGCGAUCUCGCAGACGCUGAUCCUGACGGGCAUGCUGCAGUUCGGCGUGCGCCAGACCGCCGAGGUCAUCUCACAGAUGACCAGCGUGGAGCGCAUCCUGCAGUACACGAAUAUAGAGCGGGAGCCGCAGUGGGAGAAGGGAGCUCGGGAGACGCCAAAAGGAUGGCCAUCACGGGGCCGCAUUGAGUUCCGCAACUGCUACAUGAAAUAUACUCCAGAGGACCUUCCCGUACUCAAGAACCUCAAUAUCAUCAUUGAGAAUGGUUGGAAGGUGGGCAUCGUGGGCCGCACGGGCGCCGGCAAGUCGUCGCUGAUCUCCUCGCUGUUCCGUCUCUCCAUCGUGGAGGGAGAAAUACUCAUUGACGACGUCGACACCGGCUAUCUCUCGCUUCAAGAGCUACGAUCAAAAGUAUCCAUUAUCCCGCAAGAGCCGGUUCUUUUCUCGGCGACGGUCCGGUACAACCUGGACCCCUUCAACGACUACGAAGACGAGCAGCUCUGGCAAGCUCUCGAGGCUGUGGACCUGAAAGCCGCGAUCCCGGCGCUAGACUUCAAGGUUUCGGAGGGCGGCUCCAACUUCUCCCUCGGGCAGCGGCAGCUCGUGUGCCUGGCGCGCGCCAUCCUGCGCGGCAACCGCAUCCUCGUGCUGGACGAGGCCACCGCCAACGUCGACCCUAAAACGGAUGAAUUUAUCCAAAGAACCAUAAGGAGAAAGUUUGCUGACUGCACAGUGCUCACCGUGGCGCAUCGACUGAACACCAUCAUGGACUCGGACCGCGUCAUGGUGAUGGACACGGGCCGGCUCGUCGAGUUCGACCACCCCUACAAACUGCUCACCAACCCUGAAGGACACUUCACCAAAAUGGUCAAAGAAACUGGGGAGAAGAUGUCCUCACAACUGUUUGAAGUGGCUAAGAACACGUUCCUUAAUAAUGGCGGAGUGAUAGAAUAAACCUUGUUAGAUAUCCAUUGAAAUGAAAUAUGUAUAUUAGACUCAAUGACUAAACGAAACGUUGCGGCUAAUUUAACGAUAUCUACCUAGUUGGGUAACUACGGUAGUACCUACUAUCGUAUAGAUUAUUAUUAUGAUUAUUGUAUAUCUUAUAGAUUUCUGACAAUAUUUUGGGUGACUUUCUGUUACGGACUUUCUUGGAUAAUAAAUCAAAAACCGCAACGCUGCGCGCGUUGUUGUAGAAAGGUUUUCGAUUGAUGGAUUUGAAAUUUUCAUAGUAACUAGGUAUUAAGUAGGUAUGUCCGUAGGUAAGUAACCUAAAUAUGGUUAAAGGCCGCACGGUUCGCUUUUUAAUUGUUUGUUUACACUCCCGACUCUCGAGGCAUGCCCCACAACACUCAUCAUAUUACUCGUUUGCAAUCUGAAUCCGCCAGUGGGGCUUUUCUCGCAACUCUUGUUCUUAGUUUAAUAUCCACAUUCGAUGUUAAUAUCAUUUAAAUGUAAGUUAGGUUUAUACGAUGACAUGUGAGGUCGUAACCUUGUCGUAACGUUAAGCUAAGUACAUUUUACGUAAGGUCUUAAAAAAUAUUUGAAGUCAUUCAUAAUUUGAUUCACAUUUUAUUAUUUAUGUUAUAUUCAUAGGUUGAAUAAAAUGUAAGAAAUUAAGGAUAGGGCAGAAUGAAAACUGUGUUAUUUAUUUUAUAAUAAACAUUGUAUUAUAGCUUAAUAUUUCAUACUGAAAGAAGACCAUUGUGAAUGCCAUAGAGGUCAUCCUCAAACAAUUAUAAGUUAAAAUUUCAA